AUGAAUGGUACUGCAUUUGAAGUAACCUUGAUUUUUACAGCAUAUCAGUCGAUUGGUUCAGCUAAAAACGGAGUCACUGUUGUCAUUUUCUUAGUAUAUGCUGCCACAAUUUUUGCAAAUGUUGUUCUGAUGUUUAUUAUUUGCUCAGAAUCAAGCCUUCAUAAGCCAAUGUAUAUAUAUUUAUUCAACCUGGUAUGCAUUGGACUAGCUGGAAGCACCUCAGUUUGGCCAAAGGUUAUGUUAAACCUUGUUAAUGACCAUCAGACAAGUUCAUUCAGUGGUUGUCUUCUUGAAGUGUUUUUGAUCUUUUUUUAUGCUGCAAGCACAUAUGUGGUUCUAACAGUCAUGGCCUAUGAUAGGUAUGUAUCUAUCUGUAAACCACUACAGUAUCACACAAUCAUGACAAAAUAUAGAGUUAAGCAACUGUUAGCAGGUAGCAAUCUUGUCCCAGUUUUCCUUGUGGCAGUUCAGGUAUUUCUGACCUCAAGAAUCCCUGUAUGUAAAUAUACUCUUCCGAAACUAUUUUGUGAUAAUCUCUCAAUUUAUCACCUUUCAUGUGAAACAAGUAGUGUAAGGCUUUUAGGUAAUGUGUAUGGUAUUUUUCUGACUGGAUGUUUUGUUGUGUUGCCUCUAUGUCUUAUUCUACUUUCUUAUGCCAAAAUUAUCUCUGUAAGCCUCCUCGUAUCAAAAGAUGCACGAAAGAAAGCAUUUAGUACAUGUGCUCCCCAUCUGAUUGUAUUCAUAAACUUUUCUGCUGUAAGUGUUUUUACGGUGGUAUAUAAUAGAUUCAGUAGUUAUAUACCAAGUGAGAUGAACAUAUUUGUGGCAUUUCAGAUAGUUUUAAUACCUCCCCUCCUACAUCCAGUGAUCUAUGGAAUCAGAACUGAAGAAAUCAGAAAGUGUUUUACAAAGAUGAUGAGAAGAAGGUUUCCCUUGACCAUAUUCCAUUUAAAUUCCAAAUUACAAGCAACAAAAAGUUUUGUGCAGUAA